UCAUAGCACACGUAUAUAUUCCAUGGUGAAUUUGGUCAGAGACGCCAUCUUUGCCUCUGCUCUCUGCAAAAUUCUCCGAGGCCUAUUUUCCACUGUGGCGUAACUUUGGUAUUGCUUAUCAAAUAGCAAGAUUAUUGUGUGAGGGUUGAUCAAGUUCAUGAUGGGACGUUGUUUAUCACAUAUUUUGGCUUUUGCACUUGUUGCUGCUUUUUGUGUCUUCAGCUGCUUCGUGAAUGUUCCACAAGCUCAAGCUGCAAACGCCACUACAUAUCCAUCUGAAGCAAGAGUUUUGAAUGCAAUCUUCAGCAAGUGGGGUGAAUCGGCAGACCCAACUCAAUGGAAUGCAAGCGGUGAAAUAUGCAGUGGAGCUGCCAUUGAUUCCACCACAACCAUUGAUGACUCAGCUCACAAUCCAUUCAUCAAAUGCGAUUGUUCCUAUAACAAUAAAAAUACUUGCCACAUUACAGCUCUGAAGGUUUAUGCGUUGGAUGUUGUGAGUGAAAUUCCAGAAGAGCUAUGGACUCUAACUUAUCUCACCAAUUUGAAUCUUGGCCAGAAUCGCUUUACGGGUUCUCUACCUCCAGCCAUUGGAAAUCUAACUCGUAUGCAAUACUUGACCAUUGGCAUCAAUGAUUUAUCAGGGGAGCUUCCAAAGGAAUUGGGAAAUCUUACCGAGUUAAUUUCAUUGAGUUUUGGGUCAAACAACUUCUCAGGAUCUCUCCCACCUGAACUUGGGAAGCUGAUAAAAUUAGAACAACUCUACUUUGAUAGUUCGGGAAUCAGUGGUCCAAUUCCUUCCACAUUUUCAAACCUUAAGAAUUUGGCGACAGUAUGGGCUUCAGAUACAGAACUCAAUGGCAGUAUACCAGACUUCAUUGGGAAUUGGUCUCAGCUUCAAGUCUUGAGGUUCCAGGGUAAUUCUUUCAAAGGCCCAAUACCCUCAUCAUUUUCCAAUUUGUCUUCUUUGACAGAGUUGAGAAUAAGUGGUUUAUCAAAUGGGAGCUCCUCACUCGCAUUUGUAAGGAAUAUGAAGUCUUUGACUAUCUUAGAACUGAGGAAUAACAACAUUUCUGGUUCAAUUCCAUCCACCAUUGGAGAAUUUCAAAAUUUGACCCAGCUGGAUUUAAGCUUCAAUAACAUUACAGGACAAAUUCUGGGCUCAAUUUUCAAUUUGAGUUCUCUCUCCAACUUGUUUCUUGGAAAUAACAAACUUAGUGGCACUCUCCCAACUCAGAAAAGUUCAUCUCUUCUCAAAAUAGACUUGUCAUACAACGAUCUAUCAGGGAGCCUCCCCUCUUGGGUAAACCAACCAAAUUUACAACUGUAA